CCCUUGCCCUCGCUGCUCCCGCUCCCAACCUAAUGCCGUUGUCGUUUUACAAGUCUAUAUGCUCACCUUUAAUACUGGUUCCGUUUGCGAUGUCUGUGCAGAGGAGUAUGGCACCCAGAGGAGACCCCAUUCGAUAGCUUGCGGGCAUGUGUUAUGCGGACCCUGCUGCAACGCUAUCGUAGAAAAGACGAGCCCCAGGCUGUCCCCCGUCUGCCCGUUCUGCCGCGAGCAGUUCACCCGUGAUUCCAUUCGUUUGAUCCGCGUCGAUUUCGCAUCUAGCAGUGGUGCCAGCACUCCCCGACGCCCGCUAACAUCACUAGAAGCCAACGACAUUCAAGCUGGAGAGGAGACAAUAUUAUAUGAGAGACGAUCGGGCACCAAGAGUCCUCCGGUGGAGCCCGCCGUGAAGGAGAAGCAAUUAGAGGCCAAGGUGGCCUGGGUAGCGGGGAAGAAAUGCACGGUGGAUGAAGUCCGUGACCUACUCAAGGAGCUCAAGAUUUGGUUGCAGGCGGAGGCCGCGAACACCCAGCCCUCUUCCCUCCAGCUCAGCGCAGCCCUCCUGCAUGCCAUUCUCGCCAACCACUGCGCCCACGCAGAGGCCAACAGGGCUGCAAAAGCUACCGAGGCAAAUCUCCGAGCCCAGAUCGAUGACCUCCAGAUGUCCAAGACCAAGCUCCAAGCCGAGCUCGAACGACAAAAAUCUGCCCUCGCGCAGAAAACCCAGGAAUGCACCUCCCUCCGCGUGGAGCUCAACAAGAUGAGGACCAGCCGCGCCGGGUCCGUCCUCGGGAUCUCUACGGCACCCUCUUCAACCUACUCAUCAUCGACGUCAUCCACUGCGACCUCCAGACCAACUUCCAUGUCCCCCCUCAGUCCGCCUCUCGUCUCUCCGACCUCUCCAACCGCUACUGGAAAAACUGCAACGUCCCCGAUCCAGGCUUAUCCGCCCCAUCCGUACCCAUCCCUUCCCCGCCCACUCUCAUCCUCGGCUUCGGCUUCGGCUUCAGCUACCUCCCGCUCGACAUCCCUGCACCAUCAACUACUCCAGGCUCACUUUCGCACCAGCACGCCCGCGAACUCGAACUCGCAUCCCGUCUCCCCGCCAACACCGAAGCCCCCCGUCCCGCCGAAGCCAUCAGGCUUCAUCGACCCUGCUAAGCCGACGCCUAGCCCAGCACCGACAAGGCUGACGCGCUCGACGUCGGACGAGACAAGGAAAAUGCAUCAGCGGUGGAUCCCCCCUGUGUCUGCGGAACGCUCGCACUCUCGCAGCUCCAGCGGCUCCUUUGGCGGCAGCGCUGGUUUGUCCAGGACGGGGUCGAUCGCGGCGAGUUCGAUGAACCAGCGAUAUACUGUGUCUUCUUGAACGACUUCUCGCGCGAUACCCCCUUUCUUGGGUUUAUGGGUUCUCUGGGAUUGGAUUCGACACUAGACGACUGAUGAAGGACAUGACCGACGACACGGAUCGACGAUGUCGACCAGCGCCUUAUUUUUGUGCGCACUCUCCUCGCUUGCUUUGCAGACACGACGACUAGCUCUGACACGACAUCGCGCUUCGUUAAAUUAUCCCUUUUUUUCUUUGUGCAUUUUUCGAUAUCUACCCUUGCUCUCAUCUCGUACUGGUCUCGACUGGGAUGCUCCAGAUACUUUCAACUUCUUGUACAUAAAUUUACCAUACCCUUCUGUUGUACAUCCUUCUACUGCUCCGUUUAAUUCUGUUUUUUAUCUCGUUUUUCUUCUCUUUUUACACUCUCAAAUACCACAUAUCUGGAGUCUUCCCUUUUGCUUUUUUUUCCGAAACUAUCUUGUUUCCUCUCUUGCUUCUGCUCCCUCUCGACAUACCCCCCUUGUAGCGGCUAGCCCUUCCUCCUACCCUCUGACUCUGACUGACGAUUUUCCACGACUUUUUCACGAUAGCAACGAACUUUGGGUGGCGGAGAUGGAGUACAUCUACUCUACUAAUACAUAGACCAACCCAUCACCAUAUUCCGUACAGUAUGCUCUCAAUGGCCAGUUAUUCCGAACAUCUUUCUGUCCUGUUUACAAGUUUGUCUGCGGAGGUUUUCACGCGUUGAUAUUAUUCAACAAGUCUGUGAUUCCUUGCGUUGAAGUUCGUUCACUUCGCGACUUGUUCAUUCACGGAAGACUGGCAGUAGAGGCGUAGUGGCGAGACGUGCAAAAGUUCUCUAGCAGGACACCCGUUAUUAGUUGGAUUUGAUGACGUAUAGACGAACGUUCUUGUUUACGACUGGUUACGAACACAUUACGAAACAAAUAUAAAACGGUCUUUGACCAUAUCCAUGGUUCUGGGUUCUGUGCUCCCUGUCCGAUAUGGCUAUGGUCGAGUAUCGCUG